GUUGCUUGCUGGGCACAGGGAAUUUUGCUUCCAACAGUGAACCAGAUUGUGCAAUUUUGGCUCAAUUUCAUGACCGUGUGUUGAAGCUAGCCAGAUAAGCUCCGAAGCGAAAAGAGGCGAGCUCUGGGUGUGAAAAGUUUAUAGAAGAAAUUACUCAUCGCUCCCACCACUACCACCACCGCCAGCGCUAUCUGUGUCUCUCUCCCUGUCUCUCUCGCUCUUUCUCUUUCGUCGACGCCACCGCUGCCGCCGCGCCCCACCAAUCGAAGAGCAGGAGUACUAGAUCGGGCCCGUGACAGUUGUGUGUGCAGACAGUGAACAAGUGUCAAACCCCCGGGGUCGUGUCCCAAUCGUCGCUUUUUACACAUCGCGCAGAAUUGAGGAACUCGUUUAGUUUUGUCUUUCGAUUAUUUGGUGGUGAAUAGAUUCAUUAGCCGUUCGUAUUCUGCAGCACGAAACACACAACAACGGUGGGUUUUCCGGUGAAACAAACCAGCUAAAGCAGACCCUCCUGAGACGGCCAAAAACCUCUUCCACCCUCCGGAUCUGCCGUCACCAUCAGCACAGACCAGGCUACAGAAACAAUGGCGGAUGUUGACGAUGUGAUAAGCGACCAGGACAAGAUCCGAAUCGCGUCCGACUUCCUGAUGCACGCACCGCCCGGCGAGUUUAACGAAGUCUUCAACGAUGUGCGCGAGCUGCUGAACGACGAUCGGCUGCUGAAGGAGGGCGCGAGUGCCGCCUGCGCCCAGUACAACAAGGACCAGCUCACUCCAGUGAUCCUCGAAAACUCCGAGCUGGCCGUGCUCAUCACAGAGUUUAACGAUCUCGGUGGUGGCCGUUUCUUCGAUCCGCGCACCAAGCAAAGCUUCAAGUUCGACCACCUGCGCAAGGAAGCGUCCGAUCUGCAGAACCACGACGGCGACCACACGUCCGAGCAGUGGCGCGCGAUGCUGGACAUCGAGACGCUCACAUACUCCGCCAACCACUACCGCAACGGGUCCUGCUCGGUGUUCGGCCGAACGGUGAACGGGCAGAUCACGCUCAACGUCUGCAUCGAGGACCACCAGUUUCAGCCGAAAAACUUCUGGAACGGCCGGUGGCGCUCCGUGUGGGCGAUCACGUUCCCCGCGACCGGGGGCGGCACGGCCGAGCUGAAGGGUUCGCUCAAGCUGCAGGUGCACUACUACGAGGACGGCAACGUGCAGCUCGUGUCGGCGAAGGACUGCCGCGAGACGGUGCCGAUCACGAACGAGGCCAACACGGCGAAGGAGAUCAUACGACUGAUCGAGGAGAGCGAGCACGACUACCAGACGGCAAUAUCGGAAAACUAUCAGACGAUGUCCGAUACGACGUUCAAGGCGCUCCGGCGGCAGCUGCCCGUAACGCGAACGAAAAUCGACUGGAGCAAGAUCGUAUCGUACAGUAUCGGCAAGGAGCUGAAGACGCAGUAAAAAGCGCAAAGCGAGCGCGCUGCCUUCCCCUCCUUUCCCGGACAUACAUACACGCUGCAGACGGCGGGGGCUGUCUGACCGGGGUCGGUCGGAUAUGGCAGAUGACGCGACAUAUAAAUAAGGAACUAAGGCGUAUGCGCAUGCGCAUGUUAAGGGGCAAGGGCGCGCGAAACACGAGGAAAGUUAAAAGGGAAUGCGAACUAGAAAAAUGAGGCGACAAGGUGAAGCUUUUUUUCUUCUUUUUGUUUGUUAAUUUCGUACGUACAAGAUGAUAGCAAGGUCCAUCCCCCCCCCCGUGCGCGCAAUGCUAAUGGAGGUAUCAGCAUUGGAAGGUUCCGCAACGAGAGAGAGAGAGAGAGAGAGAGAGAGAGAGAGAGA